CGCAAAGUUCGGUAAACAAGCUAUUACAUAAAGGCAAAUCAGAGGUCACCCUACUAAAGAUGUACAGAAUAAGCACACAAGCGACAGUCUUUUUGAGGAAAAUAUCUCGACUAAGUAAAGUCAAGUUCAAAUUAAAAUAGAAGAAAGACCUUAAAGGAAUACCGCUGCCAACAUUAUCUUCGGGCCAAAUAGCGCAAUGUUGGGUCACUCACUAUAGAAAAUGUUGGGUGAAAUAAUUUUUAUCGGAUAAGACAGAACAGUAAAUACACAGUCAUUGUGGUUCGGUAACACUCGUGACUGAAGCCUUAAAGGUAUUCCACAUAACCAUUGGACUGUGUAAUGGUAAACACUUUAGACAUCUGCAAUUUUUGAGUACACAUAUCAAGGCAAAACAGCUGAAACCAAAGAGUGCCGAAUUCAACUUACCCCAUCAUUUCUGCUUGUUUUAUCUAGUUUGGAUAUAUAUUUUUUGUGUUGUCCAAUGGAAACAGCCUUCCGUUACGGAGAAAAACCAAUCGAAUUCCAACUUGAACCGGAUGGUGAAUAUUUUUACCUAGCAUCAGAGGUGGGCCGAUACCUUCGAUUGUUUCGUAAAGAACUGUUUAAGAAAUAUCCAAAUCUAUGGAAGCGUUUAGUUACACCAGAAGAAAAGGAAAAGUUAAUUCAAAUGGGUUUGGCAACACAAAUAACUGCUGCCAACGCUAUGCUUUUGCGUACUUAUGAAGUCAAUGAAAUAAUAUGCGAUCAAGAUCGGUUAUCAGAUUUGAAAAAUGUUCUCGCCAUCAAGGAUUGUUCAUCAGCUCCUAGUAAUUUGACUGUAAAUCCUAGUAGUCUAAGAAAUGGUACUACAAGUGGGAAUACUAAAAGCAAUAUUGGUCUUAGUGCUAUCAGUCGGACAAGUCUUAAUUCUAGCGGAAAUUUAACAAUAUCAAAUACAUUGCCUACUGGUUUAAUGAAUACUUCUGGUGUUAUCGAUCAUACAACUACAAGUGGUAAUUUUAAAUCUAGACGAGAUAGCAGAUGGCUGGGAGUUGGUUCAACUCCAAACACAUCAUUUCAUUUAGAUUCUGUUCCUUGUCCAACCCCGAUAAGUCGGUUACGAACAGCUAGACAAACAAGUAAAUCAUUCACAUUUCCAUUUUGUUUGGAUGAUUCUGAUCCGAUUGCUUUUCAUGAGAAUGCUCGUCAACCAGAGUGUUUAGUACCAAUACGUUUAGAUAUAGAAUGUGAUGGUGUAAAAUUACGUGAUUGUUUCACAUGGAAUCGUAAUGAACAAUUAAUUACAUUAGAGCAAAUGGCUGAAGUAUUAUGUGAUGAUCUAGAUUUGAAUCCAAUCAAUUUUGUUCCAGCUAUUGUUAAUGCAAUGCGUCAACAGAUUGAAGCACAUCCAAUGAAUGAUUUUCUUGUUGGACAAACUGAUACACGUGUUAUUAUUCGAUUGAAUAUACAUGUUGGCAAUAUCUCUUUAGUGGAUCAAUUUGAAUGGGAUCUAUCAGAGCCAAAUAAUUCACCAGAACAGUUUGCUUCACGAUUAUGCGCUGAAUUAGGUUUAGGCGGUGAAUUUGUCACAGCUGUUGCUUAUAGUAUACGUGGACAACUUGCUUGGCACCAAAAGAUUUACGCCUUCAGUGAAUCACCUUUGCCAACAGUCGAUAUAGUUUUUCGUAACUCCAAUGAAGCUGAUCAAUGGAGUCCGGUUGUUGAAGUACUGACUGAUGCGGAAAUGGAGAAAAAGAUACGUGAUCAAGAUCGUAAUACAAGACGGAUGCGUCGUUUAGCUAAUGCACAACCAAAUUGGUAAUCAUUAAUCAACUUUUUAGUGUUUUUGUACAUUUUUUGUUCGUUAAUUAAUAUAAAUGGUUUGUACAAAGA